UGGAAAUGGUCUGCCUUUGGGAGGCAACUUGAUUCAAGUUAAGAAAGCACCGUAGGCAUUGCCUGUUACAUGCUGAUUUUCACUGUGGUGAUUUCCCAACUUGAGGCAGUUUGCCUCCCAAGCCCCACAGGAUCCCAUGUUGAAUGGUGUAAGCAACUCAUAGCUGCUACAAUUUCUAGCCAGAUUUCAGGUGCUGUGCCCUCAGACAAUAUAUCCAGAGAAUACCGGGUAUACAGGCGGCCUACUCUGAGGGAGAUACAGGAUGGACACAAUGGCUAUCCUUCUGACGCAGAAGUUGAUCAGGUGGCGCUGAGGGAUGGAAACAAGCUCGCCCAGAUGGAAGAGGCUCCACUUUUUCCUGGAGAAUCUAUCAAAGCUAUCGCUAAAGAUGUCAUGUAUAUCUGUCCAUUUAUCGGAGCCAUCAGUGGUACGCUGACAGUGACAGAUUUCAAAAUUUAUUUCAAGAAUGUUGAGAGGGAUCCUCAUUUCAUUCUUGAUGUUCCUCUUGGAGUGAUAAGCAGGGUUGAGAAGAUUGGAGUGCAAAGUCACGGGGACAGCUCCUGUGGGAUAGAAAUUGUCUGCAAGGAUAUGCGAAACUUGCGGCUUGCCUAUAAACAGGAAGAACAUAGACUGGAGAUUUUUCAGAACCUUAUUACACGAGCAUUUCCUCUUUCUCAUGGGCUGCCAUUCUUUGCAUUCAGCUAUAAAGAGAAAUUUCCCACCAAUGGCUGGAAGGUUUAUGAUCCAAUAGCAGAGUAUAAGAGACAGGGUUUGCCUAAUGAGAGCUGGAAAAUAUCUAAAAUAAACAGUUCCUAUGAAUUUUGCGAUACCUAUCCUGCUGUUCUUGUUGUGCCAACCAGUGUAAAAGAUGAUGAUCUGUCCAGAGUAGCAGCAUUCAGGGCGAAAGGCAGAGUUCCAGUGCUAUCCUGGAUACACCCAGAGAGCCAGGCUACGAUCACACGCUGCAGCCAACCUCUUGUGGGCCCGAAUGACAAACGAUGCAAAGAAGACGAGAAAUAUUUACAGACGAUUAUGGAUGCCAAUGCUCAGUCUCACAAGCUUUUCAUCUUUGAUGCCAGGCAGAGCAGUGUGGCAGACACAAAUAAGGCGAAAGGUGGUGGAUAUGAAAGCGAAAGCGCCUACCCAAAUGUGGAGCUGAUCUUCUUGGAAAUCCCAAAUAUCCAUGUGAUGAGAGAAUCGCUGCGCAAAUUGAAGGAGAUUGUUUACCCGACGAUUGAUGAGUCUCGGUGGCUGUCCAACGUGGAGAGCACUCACUGGUUGGAAUAUAUACGGAUGCUUCUUGCUGGAGGUGUGAGAAUUGCUGACAAAAUUGAAUCAGGCAAAACAUCGGUGGUGGUUCAUUGCAGUGAUGGCUGGGAUCGGACAGCUCAGCUGUCGUCUUUAGCCAUGCUUAUGUUGGAUGGCUAUUACAGAACUAUCAAAGGCUUUGAGGUCCUCUUAGAGAAGGAGUGGAUGAGUUUUGGACAUCGCUUUGCAAUGCGAGUAGGUCAUGGUGACGAUGACCAUGCUGACGCUGACAGAUCACCCAUCUUCCUUCAGUUUAUAGACUGUGUUUGGCAAAUGACAAAGCAGUUCCCAGCAGCAUUUGAAUUCAACGAGCUGUUUUUGAUCACCAUUUUGGAUCAUCUUUAUAGCUGUCUCUUUGGCACCUUUUUAUACAACUCUGAACAUCAGCGAGUAAAGGAGGAAAUAAACACAAGGACGGUCUCUCUGUGGUCCUACAUUAAUAGUCAACUUGAUGAGUUCAGUAACCCUUUCUUUGUAAAUUAUGAAAACCACGUCCUGUAUCCAGUUGCCAGCCUAAGCCAUUUAGAAUUAUGGGUAAACUAUUAUGUACGGUGGAAUCCACGCAUGAGGCCUCAGAUGCCAAUUCAUCAGAACCUGAAAGAACUCCUGGCCAUCCGAGCUGAGCUUCAGAAGAGAGUGGAAGAACUGCAACGGGAAGCAGCAACCCGCUCCAUUUCGUCCUCUUCUGACCGGGGCUCGUCUCCUGCAGCCACACCAGUGCACACCUCUGUGUAGCGCGAGGCCGAAGGUCAAGGUACACAGAUCCCACCAAGAGAACAUCCUUUCGCCUAAGUGUUACGGGGCAGCCUUGCCUCUUCCUGGUGCCUGCCUCACCAAAAGGCCAAAUGUAUUUUGUUGCCCAGUACACUGGUUGCUAGUUUCCCCCCAUAUGUCUUUUUGAGGCCUCUAACUGAAUUGACAAUUGAAAAUUGACUUUAUCUUAAGCAACCUGUGGCAAGCCAGUCAGAAGCCAGGCUGAUGGUGCGAAGAACACGCUCUUUCCUAGUGUUUCCUGACAAAAUUGCCAAGUGGCCAUAGUUUCUAAGAGGGGGGACCUCAUUUGGUUUCCUUGGUAUUUGAUGCACAUUUUUUUUCUUGAGAGAGGAGGCAAAAGCCACAGCAGAUAACUGUGUUUCUUGGAAUAGUUGUGUAUGAUCUGACAAUGCACUUUGAAAACAAUUUAAUUUUUUAAUACUAUACACAGUUGUAUAUUUUGAAUAAACAUGCCAUUAAAAUAAUAGACAGGAUUUGCCACCUGUGAGCCACCAGGCUGUUGUUAAAUAAUCUUUGAAGCCUAGAUUAUCGAAUAAUAUUUUUUUCAAGUGUUCUGUAGUUAUUGUCCACUUUCAUUGAGUGAAAUGCUGAAUUGAUUCAAUCACGUAAUUAAUUUAUAUAGAGAAACCUCCUCAGUUACAAAUGGAAAUUUUGUCUCACUAAAACAUCUAGAUGUGUGAACGGCAGAUCCAAAUAUUUUCUUUAUCUUAGCCUCAGUUUUUAAAAGAAUUGUAUACAGGAGCCAUCUGUUAUUCUUCCUGCAUCCAAGUCUAUGCAAGCUGAGACAGUCCUAUGGAAUCAGGGCAUACCGAAAAUACUCCAAACAGACUGGAGAAAACAAUCUGUUGUGAUAGUGGUGGUGAUUGGGAUGAUGAUAUUUUAAAAAAAAAACAUUUUUAAAGAAAGCAAUUAUAAUUGAGUUCCAGGGGAUAAUAAAGUCUGGCAUGGUUUUGUAA